CAUUCGUUGUUCGUCAUUCGUCGCCGUUGUCGUGCUGUUCUGCGAAAGCCGCAAAAAUCGUGAUAUCAUCGGGGUGAGGCCGAAUGUUUCCGUGUCGUUUUUUUUUUCUACUGCAAACUGUGUUCAAUUUCCUGUGAAUUUUCCGCUUCCGAAACCUGCUAAAAGUACAUACUCCGGUCUGUGCGGGACGAUUGCUGAUUGAUUUCCAAUGUGUACAAAGUAAUAGUGGUCUCUGCCGCAAAGCAGCGACGGGUUCAAAGUAAACAUUUUUUUUCUCGCUCCGCUUGCAUAAUUUGGUGUUCCAAACUUCGAAGUGCAAUUCAAUUCAGUUACUGGCUGAUCGCCAGUCGUAAACACAGGGAUAUCAAGCGUAGUUGAAAAUUGCAACAAAGUGUUAAAAAUGUAAAAGAAGUGUGAUAAAUCUGUAGUGCGAUCGAAACAAAUGAACAAGAGUCGGAAAAGGGGGCAGUUUAGAAAUUGAUACACUCGUGUGGCCUACAGCAGGGGCUGUACCAAGAGUGUUAGGGUCUGAUGUGACUGCAUUGACAACAAAGAAGAAAACAAGAAUUCCACUGGGGCAGUGAGAAGCACAUCGCCAUCGAGUCCGAUGUAAAGCUUUUUCAUUUAUAAGGGAAAAAAAAUAAACGUACCGCGAUCACCUUAGGAGAAAGAGAGAGAAACGGCGAACAUUGUCCAAGGAAACGAACGAAAAAUGGAGAAAACUGGAGUGAGUGCGAUUGUCGAGUACGACUAUACGGCCAAGGAAGCAGAUGAAUUGACGCUGAAGAAAGGUGCCAUCAUAACCAACAUCAAGAUUCAGCCUGGAGGCUGGUGGGAAGGCACAUUGACGGCUACCGGCAGGACCGGUAUGUUUCCGGACAAUUUUGUUCGAGUGCUGGAACCGGACGAUACCAAUCCCGUUGUGUUGAGGGACAAGACUGCCACCCAGAAUAGAAGAUGUAAAGUUAUCUACAGCUACCGAGAGAAUAAACCAGAUGAACUGACACUGGCAGUCGGUGAUGUCAUAGAAAUUUUCGAGGAGGUUGAAGAAGGAUGGUGGCGAGGAAAAUUGAACGGAAAAGUUGGAGUGUUUCCAUCUAACUUUGUCGAACCGAUCGAGUCCGCAUCACCUACCUCGGCGAACCGUAAAAGUAGCACCAGCGGUGGUAAACCAACGGCACUGGACGGCAGUUUAGGAGGAAGCCUUACGAAAAAUAAUAGUUUAAACAAAAGUCGGAGCAGUUUGAACAGCUCACGGGAAGAUUUAGAUCAUGUCACACCGGCCCAGCAACAGGCUCUGCUGCCCGAUGCUCCAUCAUUGCCUCCCAAACCAGUGCGAGAAUUGUGCCGAGUUCUAUUCGCUUACGCACCGGCCAACGAUGACGAACUGAAACUGGUCGAAGGUGACAUCAUCACCAUUCUAACUAAGGACCUACCGGAUAAGGGCUGGUGGAAGGGCGAAUUGCGAGGACGGGUCGGAGUGUUUCCGGACAAUUUUGUCGUCGCGCUACCACCGGAAGUGUCACCCGUCAAAGAAUCGUUCCACGCCAAACCGGAGCGUCCCCCUCCGGCGAACAAAAUACUGGCCAACAAGCCAAACAACACCGGCCAGGCGAACAUCGCCUAUCGAAAGGAAAGUUUCGGUUCCAAGGACUCUCUGAACGAGUCCGGUGGUAAUUCGGUGACAACGGCGACGGGUUCACCUACCUUCGGUAACGUUGCCGCCCAUCGCAAGUCUUUGGACAAUCGAAAAACGGAGAAUUCACCGGGUGCUCCCAUUACCGAGAAGCCUCCGCGGAAAAGCUUGGAUAACAAAACGUCGGAGAUUCGCAAAAGUUUGGAGAGUCUGGACGAAAAGAAGGCUACCCCACCUCCGGUGCUCGGCAAGAAACCACAGGUGCCGAUAAAGAAAAGUCCCUCGAUUACGAGUGUGACUAAUAAUCUGUUCUCUGGUUUGAAGCAGAAAGUGAAAGGAAGCGGUGAUAGCAAACCGGUGAGCCAGGAUAGUAUGGAUGGUGUGGGUGGAAGUAAGGUAAAAUCCGAGGUAGCAGAUAACAAUGAAAAGAAUGUAACCGGCGAGAGGCUUUCGAGAGACGAAUCCGAACUCGGCCAUGUCGAACGUGGCUCGGUGUUGAAAGAUAUGCGUGCCAAUCGAGCAAAGGCACCGAAAAGAAGGCCACCAACAUCUGCCGGAAGUAUAAUUGGAGAUUCGGGUAGCAACGGAAUGAGCAACGGUAACUCUGGACUGUUCCAACAGUUGUCGCACAAUGCAGAACCGGAAGCACCGAAACCAGAUUUACUGAAUGUCAGCCAUCACAGUAACAACAAUGAAGAUGAGUUCAUUGCUAAGCCAAAGGCCAGAGAGUGGGAAAAGCACAAGGUACCCUGGAUGGAUGAACUGAAAGCCAAUCAAGCGAAAAAGACCUCACCGAAUGUAAAUGAUUCGAAAUCACCCGAGCACCAUGCCGUGAUAUCUAACAGCAAUCAUGUACAGGAGGAAAAUAAAAUCGAUAAUAUAUCCAAGUCAUUCCACAUUAGCUCAUCGAAUGUGGUAUCCUCGUCGGUGGCUGCAUCCGGACGAACUAGACUAUCGGAGAGGUCUGCUACUACCACCGGGACGGCAGACGUAUCAUCCGCCCCAACGAUCAAUAGUAUUCACAACAAUAACAGUUCCUUUGACUUGAUUGCGUCCAGUAGAAAGGAUACUAGUAGCCAUCAGCACUUGUUGACCUCCACUAAUAGCGUAGACCAGACCAACAGUGGCAGCAGUAACAAUAGCUCUUCUAUGACCAAGUCAAUGUCUGCCCUUUCAACCAAGAUUGCCAUUUCAUCCGACAGCGGCAGUGCCGGCAAUGCGACCGAACCAUCUCCUGCUGUUACCGGCAAUCGUCCCGUCAGUGUGAACCUAAGAAAUCGUAGCAUAUCACCGACACCCACCACCAGGAACACCAAGACAAUCCACAUCACGUCAACCAGCAGCAGCGGUAUAACGGAUCUACCGUCAAAUGCAGUUAGUAAGAAUGGCACCCACAGUAGCAGUGGACCUACGACUACCACCGCUAUUGGACCUUCGGUCGGUAUUAUGGUACCGAUUACCGCGGACAAUGUGUGCUCACGCGUGCAGGAUCUAGAGCAGAAGGUAACACGCAUGGAGAAACAACUCAGCACCCAGAACAAUCUGAUCGAAGCUCUGCGGCAGAUGCUUCGCGACGAAACCGACAAAGUUAAAACACUGCAGAAGGAACUGGAGAAAUACGCCCAAUGCGUAACGCAGGUAUGAUAAACCGUUCAUACGAUUUGUGUAUUGUAGGUUAGCGGUGAUAGUAGGAACGGUUGGUUCUACACUUUGGAACGUUAAACAAUUAGGUAUUCAUCAAACAGACAAAGAGCGAAACAACAUUCCUUGCAUUUCUUAGUACAUUUAGUAUCGAAGCUGGUAUUUUGAAACUAUAUCACGAUGGGAAGCAACACGUUUAAAACCGAUGAUGAACGGAACCAUCAUCAUCAUCAUCAUUAAACGUCUACUACAACAAACUUAUCGCGGAAGAAAACGCAUCUUAACUUCUACUACUAAACUACAACCAUUUUGCAAACCAUCCUGUAGUCAGGACCCAAAACAUAGUAUUACUAAGAUGAAAGUACUUUGUUAGAGAGUAUUUUACCUUUGUAUAAAAUUAUGAAACGAAACAUUAUCAGUCAACGGAAUAAUAUAAUUGACACGCAUACGGAAUACGGAAUAGUUUAAAUGUGAACCAUAUCUGCCGCAGAUAACCGUGUUGGGACUUUUCUAGAAAUUUUGAAUGAUAUCUAAUUUUGCUUAUUCUGUGCAAAUGCUGAAAAGGAAAACUGUAAACGUCACAGACGAAAUCUUUAGUUCGGCUUGUAAUUCAUUCAGUGAAGUAUGCUGGGAUAAUAAUUUCUUCUAAUUUGUAGCUAGAUUUAGGAUCCUAUGGAUAACUUUUUUUAUGCGUCUUAUGGGGAGCUACAUAAUGUAGUCCUGGACUAAAUUCUGACGACUUCAAUUUUUUACUGAACUUUCAAUAGCUGAACAGUUCGGUAAUUGAAUUGAUUACUGAUCGUUCGGUAAUGAAAAUUGUUGUUGAUCUAUCAAACAACUACUGAACUGUUCUGUAAACCAAAAGGAAACAUCUAACGCAUGGAUGAGUAUUUUUUGUUUUGUUUUUGUCUUUCUCUUACCGGAAGGCACAGUGAAAACCGAUUUUUGAUUCGAGUUUCAUAUACCAUUCAACUCAAUAUGUUACCAAAAUAUGCACUCGUUUUUCUCGGAGAUGGCUGGACCGAUUUUCACAAACUCUGAUUCAAAUGUAAGGUCUCUUGGUCCCAUAGUCUGCUAUUGAAUUUUAUUCGGAUCGAAGACUGAUUUUCUUCAACUCAGAUUCAACUUAGAAUGAUAGGAUUGACUGUCCCGCUUUGUUCCGUGAGAUUACCAUCGAUGUUCGUCGUCGUGCUCUACGUAACAACGCUUUUCUUUUACUUCGUCUACGUCGCACCAACUAUGGAAUUACCGGUGCCGUCAUAGGCUUGCAAAGAUCGUUCAAUCGUGUAUCAUCUGGAUUUGACUUUAACCUUCCACGAAAAACAAUACAAGCCAAAUUUUUACUUAGUAUUGAAAAUUAUCAUUAGGUGUUGAUUUUUCAAUAAUAAAUAAAUAAAAAAAGUAACGGCUUUAUAGUCCCCUAGCCUGCUAUUGAAUUUUAUCUCGGUCCGACUGUCGGUUCCGGAGUUACGGGGUGAAAUGUGCAAAAUGAAUUUAAAAAAUGCACUCCAGUUCCACAGAGACCGCUCAUUCAAUUGUCACAAGCUUAGGUUCAAAUGAAAGGUCCUACAAUCUCGUACAACCCUACCGAAUUUCAUACACGGAUACGACUUCCGGUAUCAAUCCGGAAUAACAUGCUGGUAAGUAUGAAAAUUUCUAUACAUGGCACAAAAAUUCAGCGAAAUGCAAAAAAAAUCGAGUUCAAAUAGAGGUAUAAUCCUUCAAUUAGGCAGGUAUGAUGACCAAAUACGUUGAUUUUGGGUAUACCAAACCAUCGUUCCUGGUUCUAGAAGUACCGGAAAAAGACACGUGUGCUCCAAACCGACAGUUGUUUCAAUUUAUCAGAAACGGAAGUACCGAUUUUUGCAAACUCAGAUUCAAAUAAAAAGUAUUAUGUUUCCAUAAGUUGAUGUAGAAUUUUAUCCAGAUCCGACUUCCGGUUCCGGAAAUACAGGGUAGUGUGAAUGAAACUGCAACCUGUCAUAUAAAACGAUAAAAAUUCUUCUAAAUUUGACACAAAAUGUUUCAGUUUAUAGGUUAUGCUAGUUGCUGGCCAAACGAACCGAUUCCUAGCCGGAACUCUGCUCAUUUUCUCAGAGACAGCUGAGUCGAUUUGCACAAACUUAGACUCAAAUGAAAGGGUCUAUGUUUAUAAAAAUAGACUGCUUUUGACAAUUAUUCGGGUCCGGAACAACAGGGUGAGAUGUGUUUACAAUUUUAAACUGUCGUUUUAUUAUUAUAGUUCUGGUUUAAAAUGGAUUCGGAUUUGGAUAUUUUUUCAGAAACGGUUUAUUGCCAAUAUUCCUAAGAAAAAAAUAUUUUUUCGCUGCGAAAAAAUGCGAUAUCUAUAAAUAAACAAAUAGCUUUGAAUAAUUCUAAUGUUUUUAAAACAUAUGCACUACCCAUACUUGUAUAUCAGUCCCAUAUUGAAAAUCGACAUGUUGAGAAAAAGAAGAAUACAUAUUUCGGAAAUAAUUUGCUUUUUCCGCCACUUUUAUCACUGAUCCGUGAUACUAUUGAAUCACAUACAUGGAUUACAUGAUAAACUUUUCAUCUGGAUUGAAAUAUUGCAUUUUUUGUCAUUCAUUUAUAUAAAAUUCGUUACGUUACCAGAUGGGACCCAUAUGCGAGUAUUUUUGUUAACGAACGAAUAGAUACUCGCAUACCGGUCCCAUCUUAGCAUGCUAUGCUUCUCUCGUGUUCGAUAUCAUAUUAAGUCAGGUCAUGAUGCAAUUGAAUGGUCAUGAUGCAAUUAAAAGGGAGACUUCCACGGAAGACAGCUCAACCAAUGAACUUGUAGACCACCACGUUUGAUGCCACCAACGCCCGAGAUAAAUAAUUUGAAAACUCUAGUUCAGCACAGCGCGUUCGAGAUAAUUACAGUUUGAAAUAUACGCACAUACCUACAUCUGAUUUUGGUCUAAGUUAUGGCAAAAGACCUGAAUCUUUUCCUAAAGUUGUUGCUUUGAAGGAUGAAAUUGCGAGUAUAUAUGGGAGCGAUACGUUAUGAUUCAGAAAGAAGUUAUUUUGGCGAGGAACUGAGAUCGAAACGCAAAAUAUCCAAUCAUACCGGCUAUAUCCAAAGAUCGAUUCAAAGAUAGUUUAUCUUACAUUAUCUUAAUUUUUGCAUGCACAGCCAGCAUUGAAUAUUGGUACAGUGGCCAGAAAAAAGAAAAAUAAUGCAACCUGUACUACCGUUCUACGCAUAAUUGUCUCAUAUACAUAGGAAAUCUUAUAGAAUAUGGGACAAUUAUGCGUAUAGCGGCACAUUUUCUAGUUACUAAAACGUGAAUUUUAAUGCGUGGGAUAGAUAUGCGUGUACUUUCUAUACGGGACAGAUCCGACUUGAUAUUUUUUAUUAAAUUUUACUGAACUAACCCCUAAUUAUUUUUGCAAUUACUGAAAGAAGGGUAACUCGAAAGUUGCCAAAACCUAUAUGGGACUGAUAUGCGAGUAUAGGCAGUGCACUUGUACCUCAAUCCAUUGGAUGAUUGCAAGAGACAGUAUUUGCAGAAAAUUGGUAAUUGGAAGCUAAUUUUACCAUACGAACGGCAUGAUUUUCACCCUACUCGGCGACUUUUCAGAUUUAUCGUAUGAAUUGUAAAGUUAUUUACAGAAUUCUUUAAAAACAAAACUUAAAAUUCAUAUACCGAAAUAUCGGUUAUUUCUAAUGAUUGCUGUAAAUGUUAUUCAAUAAAAUUACCGAACAUCUGAAUUAGAUCUUAGUGUGUAUCGUAGAAUAUACCCUAAUCACAUAUUGGUACCGAAAUAUCUCUUUUUAUUAAUUGAAGAAUCCAAUGAUCGUGUUUACCACGAGAUAGCAUGAUGGUGAUUCUUUUGACAUGUCCUAUGUAUUUAAAAAUUUUUGACGAAAUUUUCUAUUUACUUCAGUUUGAUCGAUUGCAGAUGAUAAAACCUAACAAAUAUGAGUCAAAAGUGGUUAUUCAUAUGUUGUCAUCAGUGCCGUAAAAUUUCAUUUUCAUUCAAUUGAAAUCGACUAUACACAGCCGAUCAAUUGACUGUACUAUACUUCAUACUCAACACAUGUACCGCUCACUGAUACACUGAAUGAAAAACAAUCAGUUUUUCACCCGUUGCACCGUCAACUCAGUUAAACCGCCGUCAGUUUCUCCCUUGAAAUAACAAACAUCUUUUUCAAUUGACUGAGAGAGCGCCUAUCAAAUUUCAAUUGACUGAGAGAGCGCCUAACAAAUGAGCUCCUGUCAUCGAGCUGAUGCCAUGUUAAUGCCUAUUUAUUCGAACUUGUUCACCGUUGGUGGCUGAGACAGAGAAACACGUGGGUUCAUUCACUCUUGAAACGGAGCAAGCGAAACUUCAAAUGACUAGGUAUGGUUAUUUAAUUGACGAUGAAUCCAGUGGAUCUCAUUUGAGUAUGAUUACAAAUGUCAAUUGAAUGAUUUGGAAUACACUGACAGUGAAAACCAACAAUUUUUUCAAAUAUUCAAUCAAAACCUGAAAACUAUCACCAUUGCUUAGUUCAAAGCUCGCCACUUGAGCAGCGCUGCAAUCGCAGAAGAGGUGGCUAGAUUCUUCAAUAUUCUUGUUCUUACCCACAGAGAAACUGGGUCAUCCAUCGGACCAACUGUGCAACGUAUUGGACCAACGGAGCACUUCCGUUGAGCUUUGUUUCUUACUGGUUACCUAGUAUACUACAGACUCUCAUAGUCAUAGGCCGGUGAAUAUUUCGACAAAAACAUUACAAAAAAUAUAAGAGCAAUUGACAGAUUCUCUUUGUUCACUUUUUCUGUCUUACAAAUCUGGUACUGUUAGAAAAAUGGAAAUAUUACCUUUCACUCUAUACCAAUGUUUUGUAAGUAAACGUGAAACGUGAAUUAAUGGAAGCGUUUAUGGAAUGUUCACAUCGACUUCUUAGGGAGUCAAACUCCUAUGUUAAAGCAUGGGAAUCUGACGGCUCCCUGAGAAGUAUUCAUCAGUCUGUUGCUAUGAGAGUCUGUACUAGUAUAUAAAUUAAUAAUUAUCGAUUGAUUUUUCAAAAGGUCGUAUAAACACGCGACAGCAUGUUUACUUUCUCUUUUAUUAAUUACUAGGCGGUUUCCACGUUUACCACUCAACUCUUUGUUUCAAACCUUCGAUUUUCGACCACUCAUGAAAAUCUUUACAAUCGCGUCAGAUUAAUCGAAUGAAAAAGUAAAGGAAGAGAAACCGUCACUUGUUCUUUGCAAGUAGAACGUUUUGGGACAAAUUGGGUUGGUGCGAAAUUCGUUAACAUUACCGUAAAAUUAAACUAACUUCUUCUAAAUACCCAAAAACAAUCACUUCCAGAUUUUAAUAUCCUAAUAAUUCCACUAUUAUUUGUCCACUUUAUUACGAGUCACUCGAAACAUAAGCACAACCUUAUUCGUAUGUUUUUGGUGCCUCUCAGUUACGCACACAGUAAAAGUAGUUUUCAAGGGAAAAUAAACAUAGUUCAGGAGAUAAAAUAAUAACCUAAAAAAUUGACCAACCUCAUACUUCACUUGAAUGGAUUUAUGUAGCUUUAUCUUAAUUGAUCUGCGCAUACCAGCCGAGAUCGACCAAAACUCCGUCUUGAAUCCGUCACGCUGGUGAUAAAACAGCCUAGAGAGAGAGCAAUAUUUUUUGUGGAAUAACUUUUGAUCACUCAGAAUGUGUAGCAUGCUUCCUGUGCGAUUGAUUAGAAAUAUUGCAACUGUGUUGGAAGUUGGGUUUGCUACGAAAUUGUGUAGCGUUUUUUGCAUGAACUGAAGAAGCAGAACAUAAGUAUUUGUUGCAUUUAGAAAGUCUAUUUUUCAUAUGUUGUAAAGUCAUUAAAUUUAACUAAAACGCACUUCAACAAGGCAUGUGAAAAGAUAUAGUUACUGCAAACAAACAAACAAACAAUAUUAGUAAACACGAAAAUCGAAGAUGCACAUAGAUGGUAGUAAACCAUUGAUGUAAUUUGCUUACUGCCCGAAUAGUCCUUGAAAACAGCGGUUGAUAGAGCUGUUUCUUUUGUACUCCCGAACAGACCGUCGAAGAUAAACGAAAGAGUUAGGGGCUCGUUUGAGCGCGAGUGGAAUUGUUGGUAAUCCAUUUUCCGAUAGUAAGGCGAUAAAAAGGAACAACACAGAUGAUAAAACACAAAAAAAUAAACUACCAAUCCGAAAUGUUCCCCAUUUUCUACUACCCAUUGGGAGUAGCGGUGUUCGCCAUUCUUUUUUUUUGUACAUAAUAAAUCGAUAGCGGUAAAUCUUAUACAAUAUUUUAUUUAGCAUUUAGAUUUUCACGAUUAAAGCAUACAGUCGCUUUAUACAUAUACAAUAUUGAAUUCAUGAUGCAUGAUAAAUUUAUGUAAU